AUGUUACAGUGUACAGGUUUUCACCUAUCCCUCUACUACGAGACACUGUGCGGUGACAGCCAAAAAUUUAUCAAGAAACAAUUGCACCGGGCGUUUGAGCUGUUUGGCGACCAAAUCAGCGUCGAGUUGAUCCCAUUCGGCAACGUUGACGAGUAUAAUGACACCAACGGUGUGGCUAAGUUUCAUUGUCAACAUGGUAUUGAAGAGUGUCGGGGCAAUAAAUUACAGUCAUGUGUUUAUACGGACUUCUGGUGGAAGACCGAAGCGCACCGGAAGGCUGUCAUCAAUUUCAUAGUCUGUAUGUUUAACAACAAGCAUAUGAAGAAAAAUGCAGAGAAUGCCGCUAUGGAGUGUACGGACAUAUGGUUUCCGGGCCACUGGCCAGCCGUUAAAGAGUGUAUGACCAGCGAUAAGGGCCGCGACAUAUACCGGCUAAUGGCCCGUAAGACACGUGAGUUGUCUCCGUCGCCGACAUACGUGCCCUGGAUUACCAUCGAUGGCAAACACGAGAAACGCCAUCAGGCUUUGGCCGAAAACGACCUUGUUGAUUUCAUAUGCAUGAAAGCGAAUCCACGGCCUGUCCAGUGCUCGAGUGCCGGUCUUUUAAUGGAGCACAACUUCGAGAAUCUCUACCUCUACCCCCUGGACCCCAAUAUGGUAUAA